CUGUUGUGCCAAAGGCCAGAAUUUAUUGUCAACUUUCCUCUUGUUGAUUUUAUUCAUCCUAGAUGGGGUCUCCUAAACCUUGCUCCCAAGUUACCCCAGACGCCUUACAACCUGAAUUAGGGAUGAAACUGCUAAUUGCACAUGGAAGUCACCAAGAACUUGGUAAAGGUGAUUCAAUGACAAAUCUAAUGAUUAACAUGUGCGAUGUGGUUCACAUGUUAAUGCAUGCAACUGGAGUGCAUUACCAAUGUCCCAAGAGGGUAAGGGUACAGUCUGAUGUAUCUGAAAGGAUUGCUAAUGGAACUAGUGUUCAUGUAAAUACUCAUACUCCUGUUCAAAAUUUGAAUCUGGAUAUUGAAGAGCAAUCACACAAACACUCGAUUUCACACAUCGAGGAGCCAAACACUAAUAAUUUAGAAGGAUCCCUGGCUGGUGCUGUCUGGGAUGUAUUCCGCAGGCAGGAUCUUCCAAAGCUUAAUGAAUAUCUAGCUAUUCAUCGGGAAGAAUGUGCAACUAGAUGUCAAGCAGUGUCUUCUGUUAAAUAUCCUAGUUAUGAUCAAACAGUGUACCUUAACGAUUAUCAUAAGAAGAUGUUGAAGGAUCAAUAUGGUAAGUACUAAGUACCAGAGAGAGGAUUACUAUUUUUAUUUCCA